GCUCUUGGCUCUUUGAGCAGCUCCACGGCAAGAUGUCCUUCGAGGGAGCCAGGCUCAGCAUGAGGAGCCGCAGAAAUGGAACUCUGGGCAGCACCCGGACCCUGUACUCCAGCGUGUCUCGGAGCACAGACGUGUCCUACAGUGAAAGUGAUUUGGUGAAUUUUAUUCAGGCAAAUUUUAAAAAACGAGAAUGCGUCUUCUUUACCAGAGACUCCAAGGCCAUGGAGAGCAUAUGCAAGUGUGGUUAUGCCCAGAGCCAGCAUAUCGAAGGCACCCAGAUCAACCAAAAUGAGAAGUGGAACUACAAAAAACACACCAAGGAGUUUCCAACAGACGCCUUCGGGGACAUUCAGUUUGAGACUCUGGGGAAGAAAGGCAAGUACUUACGCUUAUCCUGUGACACGGACUCUGAAACCCUCUACGAACUGCUGACCCAGCACUGGCACCUCAAAACACCCAACCUGGUCAUCUCAGUGACGGGCGGAGCCAAAAACUUCGCUUUGAAGCCACGCAUGCGCAAAAUCUUCAGCCGGCUGAUUUACAUCGCUCAGUCUAAAGGGGCAUGGAUUCUUACCGGAGGCACCCAUUACGGUCUGAUGAAGUACAUAGGUGAGGUGGUGAGGGAUAACACCAUCAGCAGGAACUCGGAAGAGAACAUCGUGGCCAUCGGCAUAGCGGCCUGGGGCAUGGUCUCCAACAGGGACACCCUCAUCAGGAAUUGUGAUGAUGAGGGACAUUUUUCAGCUCAAUACAUCAUGGAUGACUUCACAAGAGAUCCUCUCUACAUCCUGGACAACAACCAUACCCACCUACUGCUUGUGGACAACGGUUGUCAUGGACACCCCACGGUGGAAGCCAAACUCCGGAAUCAGCUGGAGAAGUACAUCUCUGAGCGCACCAGUCAAGAUUCCAACUAUGGUGGUAAGAUCCCUAUCGUGUGUUUUGCCCAGGGAGGUGGAAGAGAGACUUUGAAAGCCAUCAACACCUCCGUCAAAAGUAAGAUCCCCUGUGUGGUGGUAGAAGGCUCGGGGCAGAUUGCCGAUGUGAUUGCCAGCCUCGUGGAGGUAGAGGAUGUUUUAACCUCUUCCAUGAUCAAAGAGAAGCUGGUACGGUUUUUACCCCGCACUGUGUCCCGGCUGCCUGAAGAGGAGAUUGAGAGCUGGAUCAAAUGGCUCAAAGAAAUUCUUGAGAGCUCCCACCUCCUCACAGUCAUCAAGAUGGAGGAGGCUGGAGACGAGAUUGUGAGCAGCGCCAUUUCCUACGCGCUCUACAAAGCCUUCAGCACUAAUGAACAAGACAAGGACAACUGGAACGGACAGCUGAAGCUUCUGCUGGAGUGGAACCAACUGGACCUUGCCAGUGAUGAGAUCUUCACCAAUGACCGCCGCUGGGAGUCUGCCGACCUUCAGGAAGUCAUGUUCACGGCCCUCAUAAAGGACAGGCCCAAGUUUGUCCGCCUCUUCCUGGAGAAUGGCCUGAACCUGCAGAAGUUCCUCACCAAUGAAGUCCUCACGGAGCUCUUCUCCACCCACUUCAGCACCCUAGUGUACCGGAACCUGCAGAUCGCCAAGAACUCCUACAACGAUGCACUCCUCACCUUUGUCUGGAAGUUGGUGGCAAACUUCCGUAGAAGCUUCUGGAAAGAGGACAGAAGCAGCAGGGAGGACUUGGAUGUGGAACUCCAUGAUGCAUCUCUCACCACCCGCCACCCCCUGCAGGCUCUUUUCAUCUGGGCCAUUCUUCAGAACAAGAAGGAGCUCUCCAAGGUCAUCUGGGAGCAGACCAAAGGCUGUACUCUGGCCGCCUUGGGGGCCAGCAAACUUCUGAAGACCCUGGCCAAAGUUAAGAAUGAUAUCAACGCGGCUGGGGAAUCCGAGGAACUGGCUAAUGAGUACGAGACCCGAGCAGUGGAGUUGUUCACUGAGUGUUACAGCAGUGAUGAGGACUUGGCAGAACAGCUCCUGGUCUACUCUUGUGAAGCCUGGGGUGGGAGCAACUGUCUGGAGCUGGCGGUGGAGGCUACGGACCAGCAUUUCAUUGCUCAGCCUGGGGUCCAGAAUUUCCUUUCUAAGCAAUGGUAUGGAGAGAUUUCCCGAGACACGAAGAACUGGAAGAUUAUCCUGUGUCUGUUCAUCAUCCCCCUGGUGGGCUGUGGCCUCGUAUCAUUUAGGAAGAAGCCCAUUGACAAGCACAAGAAGCUGCUCUGGUACUACGUGGCCUUCUUCACUUCGCCCUUCGUGGUCUUCUCCUGGAACGUGGUCUUCUACAUCGCCUUCCUCCUGCUGUUUGCGUACGUGCUGCUCAUGGACUUCCACUCGGUGCCGCACACCCCCGAGCUGAUCCUCUACGCCCUGGUCUUCGUCCUCUUCUGUGAUGAAGUGAGGCAGUGGUACAUGAACGGAGUGAAUUAUUUCACCGACCUAUGGAACGUUAUGGACACACUGGGACUUUUCUACUUCAUAGCGGGUAUUGUAUUCCGGCUUCACUCUUCAAAUAAAAGCUCUUUGUACUCCGGGCGAGUCAUUUUCUGUCUGGAUUACAUUAUAUUCACUCUAAGGCUCAUCCACAUUUUCACCGUGAGCAGGAACCUGGGACCCAAGAUUAUAAUGCUGCAGCGGAUGCUCAUCGACGUUUUCUUCUUCUUGUUUCUCUUUGCUGUGUGGAUGGUGGCCUUCGGCGUGGCCAGACAGGGGAUCCUUAGGCAAAAUGAACAGCGCUGGAGGUGGAUCUUCCGCUCUGUCAUCUAUGAGCCCUACCUGGCCAUGUUCGGCCAGGUGCCCAGUGAUGUGGACAGUACCACGUAUGACUUCUCCCACUGCACCUUCUCGGGAAAUGAGUCCAAGCCACUGUGCGUGGAGCUAGAUGAACAAAAUCUGCCCCGCUUCCCUGAGUGGAUCACCAUCCCACUAGUGUGCAUCUACAUGCUCUCUACCAACAUCCUUCUGGUCAACCUCCUGGUCGCCAUGUUUGGCUACACGGUGGGCAUUGUGCAGGAGAACAACGAUCAGGUCUGGAAGUUCCAGCGGUACUUCCUGGUGCAGGAGUACUGCAACCGCCUCAACAUCCCCUUCCCCUUCGUCGUCUUCGCUUACUUCUACAUGGUGAUCAAGAAGUGCUUCAAAUGCUGCUGUAAAGAGAAGAACACGGAGUCUUCUGCCUGCUGUUUCAGAAAUGAGGACAACGAGACUUUGGCAUGGGAGGGCGUCAUGAAGGAGAAUUACCUUGUCAAGAUCAACACGAAGGCCAACGACAACGCAGAGGAGAUGAGGCAUCGGUUCAGACAACUGGACACAAAGCUUAACGAUCUCAAAGGUCUUCUGAAAGAGAUUGCUAAUAAAAUCAAAUAAGGCGGGCGACUGCUCAUGGAGAGAAGUCAAAUUGCAAUGAGAACAAAUCAAACACCUGGAUUUGGAGGCUCGUGAGACGCUGAUAAACAAUACUGCUAUUGACUUCUAAAGGAGACAUUUCCAGGUCCCUGGGCACAAAGUGGAUGACUCAUAGUCACCCUCAAGGGCAUAGGUCAGGGACCAAAGUGUACAGAGAACUGUGCACAUGAAGAGGGGUGCAAAGGUUCCUCCGCGAAGGUGCCUGUGUUGUCUGCAUCUCGGAGCCUUGAACUGACGCUGAAGGUUUAAGUGAUGGCACCUUUCCCACCCUCGUCUCAUGCACCUCCCAUGACUGUGACGCUGGCCCUGAAUUUACACCUACCCUGCUAUUGUGUUUAUUUCCUACUGUCCCCUUUCUGCAUUGUAUGAUGAAUUCAUCGACAUAGUGUCAGAGUCCUACACCACCCCAAAGAAAAGUCAGGCCAGAUGCUAAAUACCCUAGGGCAACCUCUCCUUUCUCACAAGUCAAACGUGGGAGGUGUGGGGGGGGGCACACUGAGGCAGUGACUUCUUUCUCUGGGGCUCUCCAGGACUCCUGCUGAAGGAACCCUUGAGAGGCAUACCUUGCUCCUUUUGUUUUCGGGAGUGUCCCUCUCCUCCAUUGUCUCAUUAUUUCCCCAUUGAGAAUAGUAAAUGGUUCUCACAGGAGGUUAGAGGAGCACAUAAGUGUACGGAAACGCCCUCCCACUCACAUAGCCGUUGCUCACACUACCGUGUGUUUGCUCAAUCCCAGCCUUUUCUAUGCAUGCUACACUUCACUUU